AUGACAUAUCCCUUCUUUAUGAAUCCCAAUGAUAAUCCUGGAAUUGCACUUGUGUCUACACCUCUCAACAACACCAACUUCCACACAUGGUCUUGUGCGAUGCUCGUUUCCCUUUGUUCAAAGAACAAACCUGGUUUUGUUCUUGAUACUAUCUCUUGUCCUAAAGAUACAUAUCGACUUUUGAUGGUAUGGGAUCAGUGUAAUACCAUAGUUAUGUCUUGGAUUACGAACUCGCUCGAACCAGACAUUGCUCAAAGUAUUAUGUGGAUGGAUUCUGCUGCAGAUAUAUGGCACGAACUGAAUGAUCGCUAUCAUCAAGGAGAUGAGUUGGAGAAUUUUCUCCCCUUACCUUCUUGUUCUUGUACAAAUACUUGUACUUGCAAUCUCUUUCCAAAGAUUUGGGAAUACAGAGAAAAUGACUAUGGCAUUCGUUUCCUUAAAGGCUUGAAUGAGCAAUAUUCUUCAGUUCGAUCUUAUAUCAUGUUAAUGGAGCAUCUCCCUACCAUUAACAAGGUUUUCUCGAUGCUUAUACAACAAGAAUGUAAAUUCUUUAGUCAUACUGAAGAACUUAAAACUGUUGCUGCCGUUUCCAACUCUAGCCGUGGAUUUGGUCGUGGUUCAUUCUUGGGUAGUGGUCGUGGUUUUGAUGGCGGCGGUCGGGGUUUCAAAAUUUGCACUCACUACAAUAAACUAGUGGAUGUUUGCUUUAAAAAACAUGGUUAUCCUCCAAACUACCCGCAAUCUAAUUCAGAUGAUUCCAAAAAUUGCUCAGCUACUAGCCUUGAUAUUGAGGACGCCCUUGUUCCCAAUAAUUCUAAUUCUUCAAGUUUGGAUAAUGCUACUCAAGUUUUCACUUUGGAUCAGCUAAAGGCUUCACUUGCUUUACUUUAA